UAAACAUGGAAACUCAAACCCAACAACUCAAUGUUACUUUUCUACCAUAUCCAACUCCUGGCCAUAUGAACCCUAUGAUUGACACAGCAAGACUAUUUGCAAAGCAUGGUGUUAAUGUUACCAUCAUCACUACACAAGCAAAUGCCUUGUUAUUCAAGAAAGCCAUCGACAACGACUUGUUUUCUGGAUAUUCCAUCAAAACUUGUGUGAUUCAAUUCCCUGGAGCCCAAGUAGGUCUCCCAGAUGGUGUUGAAAACAUCAAAGAUGCCACUUCCCGUGAAAUGCUUGGUAAAAUCAUGCUUGGAAUUGCGAACAUCCAUGAUCAAAUUGAGAUUUUGUUCCGUGAUCUCCAACCAGAUUGUAUAGUCUCAGAUAUGUUAUAUCCAUGGACAGUGGAAUCAGCUGCAAAACUCGGCAUUCCAAGGCUUUACUAUUACAGCUCAAGCUACUUCUCAAGUUGUGCAGCUCACUUUAUCAAGAAGCAAAAGCCUCAUGAGAAUUUAGUUUCUGAUUCUCAAAAAUUCUUAAUUCCUGGUCUUCCACAUAACAUUGAGAUUACUUCUUUACAAUUACAAGAAUAUGUGAGGGAAAGGAGUGAAUUCUCAGACUAUUUUGAUGCUGUACAUGAAUCGGAGGGAAGAAGCUAUGGAACUCUAAGCAAUAGCUUUCACGAACUUGAAGGUGAUUAUGAGAAUCUUUACAAGAGCACAAUGGGGAUCAAAGCAUGGAGCGUAGGACCAGUUUCAGCAUGGGUUAAAAAGGUGCAGAAUGAAGACCUUGCAGUAGAGUCGGAAUUGCUUAACUGGCUUAAUUCAAAGCCAAAUGAUUCUGUGUUGUACAUAAGUUUUGGAAGCUUGACAAGACUCCCUCAUGCUCAGAUUGUAGAAAUAGCUCAUGGUCUGGAAAAUUCCGGUCAUAAUUUCAUUUGGGUUGUUAGGAAAAAAGAUGGAGAAGGAGGUGAAGAUGGUUUUCUUGAAGAUUUUAAGCAAAGGAUGAAAGAAAACAAAAAGGGAUAUAUCAUAUGGAAUUGGGCACCACAGCUUCUCAUAUUAGGCCACCCUGCAACAGGAGGGAUAGUGACUCAUUGUGGUUGGAAUUCAAUUCUUGAAAGCCUUAGUGUUGGUUUACCCAUGAUUGCAUGGCCAAUGUUUGCUGAGCAAUUUUACAAUGAGAAAUUGCUUGUUGAUGUUUUGAAGAUUGGAGUUUCAGUUGGAUCAAAAGUGAACAAAUUUUGGUCUAAUGAGGGUGAGGGUGAGGUUGCAGUAAUUAGAAGGGAAGAGAUUGCAAAGGCUGUUGAGAUUUUGAUGGGAAGUGAAGAAGAGAGCAUAGCAAUGAGGAGGAGGGUAAAAAAACUUGGUUAUGCUGCAAAGAAGAGUAUAGAUGAGAAUGGAACCUCUUACAACAACUUGAUGCAAUUAAUAGAUGACCUAAAAUCAUUGAAGACAUCAAGAAGGCUUGACAAACAGUAACGGUGUUUCAUGAUGUAUUGCUUAAAUAUUAUCAUUUUGAAAGGAACUACUAUCAAUUAGAGUUCAAUUCGGUUAUGAAACUUUACAAUUCGGUUGUGCUUAGGAAAGUGUUGGUUAGAAGUCUCACAAAAUGAUUUAUAUUUUUUUAUAUGGUAUAAUAGCUUAAUUUCUAUUU